AACAUGGCUGUGUGGAAACAGUGUGAAUUUAUGUCCAGUGAUUGGUUUACAUACUUAAAUGUAAUGUCAGAUUUGAUAAUAACUUUCAUAUCUCUCUUUAAGGAACUGGAGGCUAAAGAAAAGGCGAUUGAGGAGGAGAGGCAGGCGCUGCGUCGGCAGAUUAUCGAAGAGGAGAGGCAGCGACUUCUUAAACGCCACGCAACAAAACUCCUUGGAUACCUCCCGAAGGGCUUGCUCCGUGAAGACGACCUGAAGCACUUUGAUGAAGACUUCAGAAAGAACUUUGAAAAGCGUCCGGCAGAUCUCUCCUCUGAGGACGGCUGGGAGGACGAUCAGUAGACGUUUGAUCUGAACUUGCGU